AUGGAUGAGAGUUUGACUGUCAUCCUAAAGAGCCAGAGCCCUUUAGCAAUGUCACCCAGAUAUGGCCCAGGAAUUCCAAGAGAGCCCGACCAUCCAUUUUCAUUUUUUUCAACUCAUAAAGCUUCGAUCCAAAGGGAGAUUGUCAAUAAGCACAAUGAAUUAAGAAGGAUGACAAUUCCCACUGCUGGAAAUAUUCUAAAAAUGGCAUGGAAUGAAGAAGCUGCCCUGAAUGCUGAGAACUGGGCGAACAAAUGCACCCUUUCCCAUAGCUCUGUCACGAAUAGGAAGAUUAGUUGCAGCCAGGUGGUCCUCUACUGCAAGGGGCUUCAUCAUAUUGAUCCUGGACUUUUUUGUGGACACCUGCUUGGCUUUAGCCAUACUCAGAAUCCUAACUUGAGGGGCAACAUCCAAUCAGAUAUUCGCUACAAACCUUUUAAGGUGGGAAAGCCAUGCAGUGACUGCCCAGAUCACUGUGACAAUGGACUGUGUACCAAUGCCUGCAUGCAUGUGGAUGCAUACACUAAUUGCCCUCAAUUAACCAAAAGCAUGGGAUGUGAGGACCAUACUAUGAAAGAAAAAUGUCAAGCUACCUGCAAAUAA